CCCCCGCCGCUGUGGUCCCGAUCCCGCGCCCGGAAGUGCGCGUUCUGCGCGCCGGAGGUAGUUCGGGUUCCGGAAGUGGCUCACGACAGACACCGCACGUGUGGCAGGCUGCAGGAUGAAGUUCGCUUACCGGUUCUCGAAUUUGUUGGGUACAGUUUAUCGGUGUGGAAACUUAAAUUUCACACGAGAUGGAAAUUCUGUCAUCAGCCCUGUGGGAAAUAGAGUCACUGUGUUUGACCUUAAGAACAAUAGAUCAGAUACAUUGCCUCUUGCCACUAAGUACAACAUCAAGUGUGUGGGGCUGUCUCCCGAUGGUCGCCUUGCAAUCAUCGUUGAUGAAGGGGGUGAGGCUCUGCUAGUCAGCUUGGUCUGCAGGUCGGUGCUACACCACUUCCACUUCAAAGGUUCUGUGCACAGCAUCUCCUUCUCCCCCGAUGGCAGAAAAUUUGUUGUGACUAAGGGCAACAUUGCUCAGAUGUACCAUGCCCCUGGAAAGAAGCGAGAAUUCAACGCCUUUGUUCUGGACAAAACCUAUUUUGGGCCCUACGAUGAGACCACGUGCAUUGACUGGACAGAUGACUCCAAAUGUUUUGUGGUUGGAAGCAAAGACAUGUCCACCUGGGUGUUUGGCGCUGAACGCUGGGACAACCUCAUCUACUAUGCCCUGGGUGGACACAAGGAUGCUAUUGUGGCCUGCUUUUUUGAGUCCAACAGUCUGGAUCUGUACUCGCUCAGCCAAGAUGGAGCCCUGUGUGUGUGGCAGUGUGACACACCCCCUGAGGGCCUGAAGCUGAAAGCCCCUAGGGGCUGGAAGGCAGACCUGCUUCAGAGGGAUAAGGAAGAAGAGGAAGAGGACGAUGACGAAGAGGAGGGAGACCGAGAAACUACCAUCCGAGGGAAGACCAUGCCAACUGAACAGGAGAAGGCUGGGAAAGUGAAGUACUCACGGCUGGCCAAGUACUUCUUGAAUAAAGAAGGAGACUUUAACAACCUUACAGCUGCCGCUUAUCAUAAAAAGAUUCAUCUCUUGGUCACGGGUUUUGCUUCUGGAAUCUUCCAUCUGCAUGAGCUCCCAGAGUUCAACCUCAUCCACUCCCUGAGUAUCUCCGAUCAGAGGGUUGCUUCAGUUGCCAUCAACAGCUCUGGGGACUGGAUCGCCUUUGGCUGCUCAGGACUGGGCCAGCUGCUGGUGUGGGAAUGGCAGAGUGAAUCCUAUGUGCUCAAGCAACAAGGCCAUUUCAACAGCAUGGUGUCACUAGCCUACUCUCCUGACGGGCAGUAUAUCGUCACUGGCGGGGACGAUGGCAAGGUCAAGGUGUGGAACACUCUCAGUGGCUUCUGUUUUGUUACUUUUACGGAGCACUCCAGCGGGGUCACUGGUGUCACAUUCACUACCACUGGCCAUGUCAUUGUCACCUCCUCCUUGGAUGGAACCGUGAGAGCCUUUGACCUUCACAGGUACCGGAAUUUCCGCACCUUCACAUCUCCACGCCCCACACAGUUCUCCUGUGUGGCUGUUGACUCAAGUGGGGAAAUCGUCUCUGCGGGGGCCCAGGACUCCUUCGAGAUCUUUGUGUGGUCCAUGCAGACAGGCAGGCUUCUUGAUGUUCUGUCUGGCCACGAGGGGCCCAUCAGUGGUCUUUGCUUUAACCCAAUGAAGUCCAUCCUGGCCAGUGCCUCUUGGGACAAGACAGUGCGCCUAUGGGACAUGUUUGACAGUUGGAGAACCAAAGAGACCUUAACUUUAACCUCUGAUGCCCUAGCUGUGACUUUUCGGCCUGAUGGUGCUGAGCUGGCUGUGGCCACACUGAACUCACAGGUCACCUUCUGGGACCCUGAGAACGCUGUGCAGAUGGGCUCCAUCGAGGGCAGGCAUGACCUCAAGACAGGCAGGAAGGAGCUGGACAAGAUCACAGCCAAACAUUCAGCCAAGGGCAAGGCCUUCACUACCCUGUGUUACUCUGCGGAUGGGCAGAACAUUCUGGCAGGAGGCAUGUCCAGGUUCGUGUGCCUGUAUCACGUCCGGGAGCAGAUCCUGGUGAAAAGGUUUGAGCUUUCCUGCAACCUCUCUCUGGACGCUAUGGAGGAAUUUCUGAACCGAAGAAAGAUGACGGAGUUUGGCAAUUUGGCACUCAUUGAUCAAGAUGCUGGGGAGGAGAACGGGGUCGCAAUUCCAUUGCCAGGUGUAAGAAAAGGUGAUAUGAGUUCUAGACACUUCAAACCUGAGAUCAGGGUAACUUCUCUGCGCUUCUCUCCCACUGGGCGCUGCUGGGCGGCCACCAGCACAGAAGGACUCCUCAUCUUCUCUCUGGAUGCCCAGAUGCUCUUUGACCCAUUUGAGCUGGACACCAGUGUGACACCUGGUCGUAUCCGUGAGGCACUACGACAGAGGGAGUUUACCCGGGCCAUCCUCAUGGCCUUCCGGCUCAAUGAGAAAAAAUUGGCACAGGAGGUCCUGGAGGCUGUGCCACGGGAUGAAAUUGAUGUGAUCAGCGCUUCCCUCCCUGAGCUGUAUGUAGAGAAGGUACUUGAGUUCUUAGCUGCCUCCUUUGAAGUGUCUAGGCACCUUGAAUUCUACCUUAUAUGGACUCAGAAGUUACUUAUGUCACAUGGACAGCGGCUGAAGUCCAGGGCGGGGCAAUUGCUGCCUGUGGUCCAGUUCCUUCAGAAGGGCCUCCAGCGGCAUCUAGAUGAUGUUUCCAAACUCUGUGACUGGAACCGCUACAACAUCCAGUAUGCUCUGGCAGUUUCCAAGCAGCGGGGUGUAAAACGCACCCUGGAACCUUUAGACACAGAAGAGGACACAGAUGCUUCUGAUGAUGACAGUCUUCACCUGCUCAGGAGAGCUGCAGACAAUGAGGAAGAAGAGGAGAUGCUGGUGUAGAACCCCCAUGUCACAGAUGCCUAAUGAACUGAUUGGAGAUAGAACCACGGUGCCUCUGAGCCCAGGAAAUGAGAGAUACCAUAAGCCUCAAGAACCUGCAGCUGGGACUCUUCCUGUGAGACUGCACAUGCUGCCAUGCAGUAGCAAGCCAACCUGUCAGGUCCAGGAUGAGGAUGAAUACGAUGGGCACGUGUAUGCCAUAAGCCCAGAAUGUUGGUGUUAUGGGAGACUCUGCACAUAGACUUCCUGAGAAGUGGGCAGUUUUAGAAGUGUGGACAUGUAGAAAUCCUACCAGAGAUAUUUAUAUUUUUAAUAUGAACUUCUGAAAGCUUUU